AUGGGAUACAGACUUUCGGCGCUGACAUAUGUGCAGGGCGACCUGUUUGAGGAGUCGCCGCGACCGGCCGUACUUGCACAUGCGUGCAACUGUCUGGGAUCGUGGGGCUCCGGAGUGGCAGCCGGCUUCAAGCAAAAGUUCCCCGGGGCCUUUGUGGAGUACAAGCGACACUGCGACAAAUACUCGGACGAUAACUCGGCGCUUCUGGGCACCUGCCAGCUGAUUGAGACGCACGACGCGCAGACCGGCGAAUUGGUUUAUGUGGCUUGUCUGUUUACUUCUGUGCGUUUUGGAGCGCGUGUGGACGGCCCCGAGCAGAUUGUGAAACAGACUAAACUAGCCAUGCAGGAUCUACAGAAGCAGUUGGCGAAAAUGUCAGGUCCAAUUGACGGCAACUCGACCGUCCACAUGCCCAAGAUCAACGCUGGGUUGUUCCGAGUGCCCUGGAGAGACACGGAAAAGGUGCUGGAGGAGGUUGGCCAGCCCUGCACUGUUUACGUCAUUGAUUAG